AUGGCCAAAUAUAAGGCCAAUAUCAAGGCCUUAAACCGGCCAUCUCCCUAUUUCUCUCAUUUUUCCAUCUCUCUUAAAACAGAGAGCAAAACAAUGCUCUCAACUUUUCCCCCUCUCAGCCUCUAUCUCCGCCAUGGAGAAAAAGUAGAGGAGCCACAACCGCCACACCCAGCAGCGAUGGCUAGAGAAACCUUACCCGAGACACCAUCUGGCCUUUCCCCUCCCCUCUCUUCGACAACCAGUUCUUUAAUACCCACACAGAAACCAAAAACCCCUCCUAUUCAAACCCUAAAUCUAAGAAAGAUGAAGGUUUUACCUUUGACGGUGGCUCCUUCUGACUCCGGUGAGGAAGCAACGAAUAGAUCUCUCCCUAAAGCGUGGACAGGCGGCGGCAGCAGGGACUGGCGGCGACAAUGGCUAUCUCUAGGGUUUCAGAAACCCUACAGAGUUGACACUGGAUCGGGUCGGAUCCAGAUUUUGGGCCGGUUCGGGUUCGGGCUUCAAUCGGGUGCUGGGUUGGCUGCUUGGUCUAAUGUUGUAGUUGGAUAUGCCAUUGUUGUUCUUGGUGUGCUAUUGAUGUUUGAAUAUCGUGGGGUGCAGGAGUGA